ACAACAAACAUGGCGAUUCGAACAUUUUCUUCUCUUGUCCGCGCCACUCUUCACCAACCCCCUAAACCCAAUUCAUUACGCUUCUUCUUCUCCACUCUCCCACACGACCCACCACCACCACCACCACCACCACCACCACCACCAGAGCUAGUAAACGAAAUCUCCCGCGUUUUAAGCGAUCACCGUAACCCCAAAGACGACCUCGAACACACCCUCACUGUCUACUCUCCCAAACUCUCCUCGAACCUAAUCGAACAAGUCUUGAAACGCUGCAAAAACCUCGGCUUCCCCGCCCACAGAUUCUUCCUCUGGGCGAGACGAGUCCCGGGUUUCGAACCCAGCUCGGAAAGUUACCACAUUUUGGUCGAGAUUCUCGGCAGCAGCAAGCAGUUCGCUUUGCUUUGGGACUUUUUGAUCAAGGCGGGAGAGUAUAACUACUUUGAGAUCGGUCCUAAAGUGUUUUGGAUCGUCUUUAGAGCUUAUAGCAGAGCUAACUUACCCAGUGAGGCGAUUCGAGCUUUUAAUCGAAUGGUUGAGUUUGGGGUUAAGCCUAGUUUUGAUGAUCUUGACCAGCUUCUACAUUCGCUUUGCGAUCGAAAGCAUGUCGAACAAGCGCAGGAGGUUUUCGACAAGGCGAAACACUGUUACGGGUUCGCGCCGAGCGCGAAGACGUAUAGCAUUUUAGUGAGAGGUUGGGCGAGAGUGAGAGACGCGUCGGGUGCACGCAAGGUGUUCGAUGAAAUGCUCGAUAGAAACUGCCAAGUUGAUUUGCUUGCGUACAACGCUCUUUUAGACGCGCUGUGCAAGUCCGGGGAUGUCGACGGAGCGUAUAAGAUGUUUCAAGAAAUGGGUAAGGUCGGGCUCGAGCCGGACGCGUACAGCUACGCUAUUUUCAUCCACGCGUACUGCGACGCGGACGAUGUUCAUUCAGCUUAUAAGGUUCUCGAUCGAAUGAAACGGUACGAGCUUGUACCCAAUGUGUACACGUACAACCAUAUUAUAAAGACGCUAUGCAAGAAGGAGAAGAUUGAUGAUGCUUAUUUAAUGUUGGAUGAGAUGGUUCAGAGAGGAGCUGAUCCGGACACUUGGACUUACAAUUCGAUAAUGGCAUACCACUGCGACCACUGCGAGGUGAACCGAGCGACGAAUCUGAUCUCUAGAAUGGACAGAACAAAGUGUUUGCCAGAUAGGCACACUUACAACAUGGUUCUCAAGCUGCUGAUAAGGAUUGGAAGGUUCGACCGCGCCACGGAGAUGUGGGAAGGGAUGAGCGAGAGGAAGUUUUAUCCGGCGGUUGCUACUUAUACCGUGAUGAUCCAUGGGCUGGUGAGGAAGAAAGGGAAGCUGGAGGAAGCUUGUAGGUACUUUGAGAUGAUGGUUGAUGAUGGGAUUCCGCCGUAUUCUACGACGGUUGAGAUGUUGAGGAACAGGCUUGUGGGAUGGGGGCAGAUGGAUGUUGUGGAUGUUUUGGCAGGGAAGAUGGAGAGGAGCAGUUCUUGUAAGGUUAGAGAAAUGGCGGUUGAGAUGAGAGGGAGGAGGAGGAGAGUUGGACGUAGAAGUGAAGGAAGCGAAGAUGAGGACUCUGAGCUUGAAAGAGAAACAUAUGAAUAAUAAAAGUUAAAGAGAUUUGGAUAGGCUAAGGGAGUAGCUUGGAUUGAUCAACGGUGAGGAACGUUUUCUGAAAACAAAGACAAGAGACUCUGAGCUUAUGGGAGAAACAUGGCGAGAAAUGUUGCCUAAAGACUAGACUCUGUUGUUUUAGAGACAAGAGACUCGACUCUCACCGUGGUUCAUGUAACAGUAGCAGUAUAUCUUCUAGAAUGGUGUUAUUUUUGUCUGUAAUUUCUCCAUAUUCGACCAUCCUUGUAACGGUUUCUCUUUGGAUCAUAAUAUUUAAAGGCUCGCCUCUUGUUUUGACCAUAAA